CGUUCCAUUAUUGGGCCAGGCCCAUAUAUAAUGGAGCUUUGAGUUUAGCAAACGCCGUCGUCGUCGUCUUCUCUCUCACUCACUCAAAACCACAAACGCUACACAGAUACACAGAUCGUAAGCUUCACUGCAAUGGAGGAAAACCAAGAGAUCCGACCCGAAAGCCCGGAAAAACCGAAGAUGGCCACGGAUAAUUUGACCAACGCCCAAGCCUCUCCAAUGAAGGAAGCCGCCACGCCCUCCAACACCGAAUUAAACAGCGGCAAAAUCGACAAGGACGUCGCCGCGGCGGAUCUAAACCCUACACCCGCCGAGAAGUUGCAGCCGAGCGAAUCCGACGAGGAGGUGGAUCUCCCAAGCAUCUCAGAAUCCCUCGGGGAAGAAGAAUCGUCCGAUCUCGUAACAGAGCCACAAUCCCAAAACCCUAAUCCACUAGAGCCGGGACCCAGGGCAAGAAAACGACGCCGUAGGAAACGUUUCUUCACGGAGAUAAACGCGAACCCAGCUUUCCCUCGUAACCGCCGCAACAGCGUCGGAAAAGAGCUCGAUUCCGAAGCCAUAACCGCAAUGUCGGUAGGGUUCCCCGUAAACUCGCUCACAGAGGAAGAGAUCGAAGCAAACGUGGUUUCAAUCAUCGGAGGUAAAGAGCAGGCGAACUACAUCGUCGUGAGGAACCACAUCAUCGCCUUGUGGAGGUCCAACGUCUCGAAUUGGCUUACGAGAGAUCACGCUCUUGAGUCUAUACGAUUGGAGCAUAAAACGUUGGUCGAUACGGCUUACAAGUUCCUCCUUGAGCACGGUUACAUCAAUUUCGGUUUAGCUCCGGUUAUCAAAGAGGCGAAAUUGAGGUCCUUUGACGGUUUAGAGCCGCCUAAUGUGGUGGUUGUGGGUGCCGGUUUAGCCGGUUUGGUGGCUGCUAGGCAGUUGUUGUCGAUGGGGUUUAGGGUUUUGGUUUUGGAAGGGAGAGAUAGACCGGGCGGGCGGGUUAAGACCCGGAAGAUGAAAGGUGGGGAUGGUGUUGAAGCAAUGGCUGAUGUUGGUGGGAGUGUGUUGACUGGGAUCAAUGGUAACCCUCUUGGUGUGUUGGCGAGGCAGCUCGGUUUGCCUCUCCAUAAGGUUAGAGAUAUCUGCCCAUUGUAUCUACCUAGUGGUGACCUUGUUGACGUUGGUGUUGACUCCAAGAUAGAGGCUUCGUUUAAUAAGUUGCUGGAUAGGGUUUGUAAGCUUAGGCAGUCGAUGAUAGAGGAGAUCAAGUCAGUAGAUGUGCCGUUAGGUGAAGCGCUCGAGACUUUUCGUUUGGUUUACGGUGUUGCUGAGGAUCAGGAGGAGAGGAUGCUCUUUGAUUGGCAUUUAGCGAAUUUGGAGUAUGCGAAUGCGACCUUGUUAGGGAACUUGUCGAUGGCGUAUUGGGAUCAGGAUGAUCCGUACGAGAUGGGAGGUGAUCAUUGCUUCAUCCCCGGUGGGAACGAGACGUUUGUGCACGCUUUGGCUGAGAAUCUGCCUGUUUUUUAUGGGAACGUUGUGGAGAGCAUUAGGUACGGAAGCGACGGGGUUGUGGUUUACGCGGGGGAUAAGGAGUUCUCCUGCGACAUGGCUCUCUGCACUGUUCCGUUGGGUGUUCUGAAGAAAGGCGGCAUUGGGUUUGUUCCUGAGCUUCCUGAGAAGAAGAAAGAAGCGAUUCAGAGGCUCGGGUACGGACUGCUGAACAAAGUGGCGAUGUUGUUUCCUUAUAACUUCUGGGGGGAAGAGAUUGAUACGUUUGGGAGAUUAACCGAAGAUUCGAGCACGAGAGGAGAGUUCUUCUUGUUCUACAGCUACUCUUCUGUCUCCGGUGGUCCGUUACUUGUAGCGCUUGUAGCUGGAGACGCCGCGGAAAGGUUUGAGACGAUGUCGCCUACUGAUUCCGUUAAAAGGGUGUUGCAGAUACUACGCGGGAUUUAUCACCCGAAAGGGAUCGUUGUUCCUGAUCCGGUUCAAGCGCUCUGUUCCAGAUGGGGACAAGACAAGUUUUCGUACGGUUCUUACUCGUAUGUUGCGGUGGGAUCUUCCGGAGAUGAUUAUGAUAUUUUAGCUGAGAGUGUUGGAGAUGGAAGAGUGUUCUUUGCUGGUGAAGCGACGAACAAACAGUAUCCGGCUACAAUGCACGGAGCCUUCUUAAGUGGAAUGAGAGAAGCGGCAAAUAUACUUAGAGUUGCUAGAAGAAGGGCAUCAGAAUCGGCUUCAAACCUUGCUAAGUGAGAUCUAGUCGUUAGAUUCAUUUUUCAUAUCGAAUCCUGGAAGUGUCAUAGAUGUUCUUUGGUGCUUGAACUUGCCUUCGUCUUCUGUAUCAAGUUAGUGCUCUUCGAGUUUGACUUUGGCUUGUUCGACACAACAUUAUCGUCCAAGUUCAUUAACUAUGAUUGUUGUGUUGGGGAACUUGGGAUCUUGAAAUGAUAUCAUAGAUGUUGUGUUUGAUCUUCAGCUAUGAUUUGUAACAGUAUCCUUGGAUUUUCGUCUAAUCAUGUGUUGUUGGGUUUC